AUGGUCAGCCACAAAACCAUCUCCAAGAAGGCCGUGAAGAGCUCCAAGCCAAGCCUGAAGGCCAAGGCGUCGAGCUCGUGGUGUGAGUAUAUGCUGUGGAAUAUCAGCCCCGCGCUGAACGAAACAACCGGGCUGACAAGGACGAAAAUGCUGAUGACUUUAAGGGUAAGUACUUUUUUUAUUUUAAAGAAGUUUUGUAGCAUGGAAUAGAAGAUUUAGGGCGUUUUCGAGUUAGUAAAAUGCUAGUAAAUUUGAGUUAGUAGUCGAAAUAGCAGUAGAAACGUAUUUUCCUUGCAGUAUGUAAUCGCCUACUGUUUAAAAAAUUGAUUACCAGUGGUCGAGAUUCAAAAUUUUAUAAUAAAUGGCAUAGUUCUUAUCAAAGGUAAAUUUCAGACAAUCUCGAAAAAACUCGGCACCACAAUUAAAAAGAUGCAUAAAGUCGAGAACGUCGACGUUCAAUUUGGCUGCAAUAUGGCCAUUGGCUGUAAAUUGAAUGAGUCGACGGGAAAAUACAUGAAUUAUGAGGCCUCUAGCCUCAACAUGUUCAACACAGCGGUUAAAAGUGUUUUUGAUUCCGAAACGCCUUCUGUGUCAACGAUUACACGGAAGGAUCAACGGCUGGAAAAUGAGGACGAGAAUGCGGCAGUGGCAUUCUGUGAAGGUAAGAGAAGAUCACAUUUUAAUUCAGGUUUUCUUAUAGCUCUUUUUGUAUAUGUAAUCAGCUAAAUAAUUUAAUUUCAGAGUAUUUUAAAUCGGCUCGGUAUUCUUUGGAGGUCCAGCCUUCAUUUAAUCCCACAGCCUCCCAAGUCUACGCUAAAAUUUUUGAAAAAGUAAAAGGCCGAUUAACAAACGUUAAAUGCCAAUUGGAAGACAUCAGGCAUCUGGAAGGCGCAGCUCUGAAAAAGAUUAUAAUAAACGAGCAAAGAUCGAGCCAACAAUGUAAGCAAUGAUUUUUUCAACCAUCCACUUUAUACAGGGUGCGCCAAAAAUAUUGGGACAAAAAUCAAUUCCAUGUAGCUUUUUUCGGCUGGCCUUGGAAUCAAACCUUUUUGCCGUUUUGGCAAGGGUAACAGUCUUGCUAUACGGCAACGGUAAUGCCAGCGUUGGGGCCUAUUGCAAACUUGAAAAAAUAUUCAAAAGUUUUUGGGGGACCAAAAUUUUCUUUUCAAGUGGAUGACCGGCAAAUCAAUUUGGCCAUUAUUUCCGCUAAGGGAAAGUAAGAUCCUUCAAAUUUAUUGCGUAUAAAGCACAUGCUAUUCACUUCGUAACAACGUAUGUAAUCGUGGUUGACGACCGAUAUGGCGGCGCUGGUCGAAAAAACAAAAAAAAAUCCCGAAAGUUCGGAUUUUUAUGUUUUUAACGAUCUCAAUACCACAGUAUCGCCCGUGUUGCUCUAAAAUUUUGUGGUUAUAGAGUGUAUACAUAGGGAAUUGUCAUACUGUAAAAGAAAAUCUACACCUACAAGGGGACAGUUUCUGUAUGGAAAAAACUUUAUGGUGCGGAUUGGAGGCACGGUCCUUCGAAGCUUGAUAUAUUUUGGCAGUUUACUACAAGUUGAAAAGUACUUGAGCGUAAAAAUCGACAUAACGCUGUACUCGGGAUACAUGCUGACACAACUGAAUUACUUUUAGCGAUCUUCAGUCCAAGUUAACUUGACGAGCAACCUUAGAGUAAAUUCUACCGCUGUAGUCACUAUUUCAUCCCCCAGAGACAGAAGAUAAAAAAAUAAUUUUUCAAAGACGACUAGUAAGACUCUCGUUGUCCUUAUAAAAGCAUCUCUGAUGCCUAAUACGCUGGGAACCGUACAUGGAAACUUCUACAUAAAAAUCUUUGAUCUUACGGAAGUUUUCUGGAAAACGGCGCGUUUUUAGGCCGACUUUGACGGACUGUAAAAGAUGUAAUCGUCAUUAUAAGUAAAAAUCUUUUUUAGUGUAUAAAAAGCGACCGCUACUCUGUCAUAUAAAGUGAAUUUCUGCCAUAGCAUGCAACGGUAAAACUUGGUGUUUCCAAUUUUUAUCCAUUUUGGGGUCCGUGUCUCGGGGGCCUUAGUUGUGAGCACUUAUAAUGGCAGAACAGGUGUCGUAUACGACCGGAGUUGGACGAUUGGGGAAAAAGACGAUUGGGGAAAGGGACGAUUGGGGAAAAAGACGAUUGGGGAAAAGUACGAUUGGGGAAAUCGAAAGUAUUAUUUUUCUUCCAUGCAAAUGUCGAAGUUAGGAUAAUCGAGGGUGCUGAUUUCGAAAAUCAUGUAAAUUUUUCCUCUAGUACUACAUAGUACUAUUCUGAUACUAUAUAGUACGAAGUGAAAAUAUGGCUUUUGACGUUAAUGGUGUUGUUUUGAUGCUUAGUACUCUUCAAAAACACGUUUUAAAGACUUGGUGCUGUAUAGUACUGUCUGAUACUAUGUAGUACGAAGUAAAAAUAGGCGUACUAAGCACCAGAACAACACCACGAACGCCUAAAGGCCAACUUUACACCUCGUACUACAUAGUAUCAGGUAGUACUAUAUAGCACCAAGUCUUUCAAACGUGUUUUUGAAGAGUACUAAGCAUCAAAACAACACCAUUAACGUCAAAAGCCAUAUUUUGGCCUCGUACUAUAUAGUAUCAAGAAUAGUACUAUGUAGUACUAGAGGAAAAAUGAACAUGAUUUUCGAAACCAGCACCUUCGAAAUCCCCUAAAUCCAGUAUUUUUCAAAAAUUUUUAAAAAAUUAGUACUUAACAGUACUACUUAAGGAACACUAGUAAUGUUCAGAAAAAAUAAACCCGAUAUUCGAAAUCAGCACCCUCGAAAACCCCUAAAUCGAGUAUUUAUGAAAAAAAAAUCAAAAAUUACUACUUUACAGUACUACUUAAGAAAAAAAGUAAGAAUCAAAAAAAAAGAAUGUCAUUUGCGAAAUGAGCACAAUCGAUUAUCCUAAUUUCGACAUUUGCAUCGAAGAAAAAUAAUACUUUUCGGUUUCCCCAAUCGUACUUUUCCCCAAUCGUCUUUUUCCCCAAUCGUCCCAGUUCCGUAUACGACUACUCUGUCUGAAACUUUGAAGAUAGAUUCUUGGGAGUAUUGCACGUUUGCACAAGCGACCACUUUGCUCUUGUACCAUUACAGCCCGCAGGGCAAGUAAAAAUAUGAGUCCCAAUAUUUUUGGCGCACCCUGUAUUUUUCUUCAUAUUUUACCAAAAAAUUUUAGAUUAUGCCCCAGUUUUGGCCGCCAACGCCACUGAAAUGAUUGGAUUGUCUUUGGAGACGUUCAGAGACUCAGGGUAAGCCAUUUUCAACAACUACAUAUAACACAGUUAACAAAAAUUCAACUAAUUCAAACUAAUCAAAGUAAUUUUCAGAUAUGCCCCAAACCCUGCGGUCACAAAGCUGAGCUGCCGGUUUGCCAUGGAUAACAUGUCCUAUUAUCAUGGAAUUUACAAAAAUUUGGCGUCUACUUUCCCCAAUCUGGAAACGGUUACUUUGGAGACAAAUGUUAUUUCCUUGCCCUCAGGCGAGGAAAUGGAAACGGUCCAAAUUGUGGACACUCUCCAACCAAUCGUGGAAACCAUCCGCCAAAUCAGCGAAGCGGCGACGGUAAAAACGGCGGUAAAGCUGGAAAUUGCAUUAGAUGACAACGAGCUUCAAAUGCAGAAACUUUUGCGCGACUUUUUCACAUUUAAAUUUGAAAAACUUGGAUUUGAAAAUGAUGAUUAUUUGAGCUUCAAAAGCGACUUCUUUUCUGUUGAUAUUAAAGUACUUUGUUAA